AAAAGUCACAAGACCCGUCAGCUGAAUUCUUCCAUUGUACUUUUACUAGAGAAAAUUAUUUUUCACUUCUAACGGUUUAAAGAAAUAAAUUUUUGGUAGUACGCAAAUAAGUUUUGAAACAAUUUUUUCACCUAUCAUAUAAAAUUAUAGUAUCCAAAAUGGCAAACGUCAAAGAUUAUAUUCAAAUGCCCAAUGAGAAUAUUGAUAUGAUUGCUGCGACUUCUGUGCUACAACAACAAGCAGGUGAAAUACGUAAUAAACCUAUUAAUUGGGCUUCGUAUAUGCAAUCGCAGAUGAUAUCGCCAGAAGAUUUCCAGUGCAUUACAAGUUUGGAUACAUCAAAAUCUGGUUACAUGCAAGCGAAUCCUUCGCAAUCCGUCAAAACCUUACUGAAUUUGCUAUCUCAUGUUUCCAAGGAUUCUACUAUUCAAUACAUACUAGUUAUGAUCGACGAUCUGUUGCAGGAGGAUCGUGUACACGUAGCUUACUUCCAUGACUAUGCUAAUAAACGCAAGGAACAUAUAUGGGGUCCAUUUCUAAACUUACUAAAUCGUCAAGACGGUUUCAUAGUUCAUAUGUCUUCACGUAUUAUAGCGAAAUUAGCUUGUUGGGGAACCGAAAAUAUUCCAAAAUCCGAUUUAAAUUUUUAUUUACAAUUCUUAAAGGAUCAACUGACUAUCCAUUGCAAGGCAUAUUUAAAGGACAUGGCAGAUUUGGCAAAACGUGUACAAACUGUCGUUGUGAUGCAUACACACGGCCAUCAUCACGGUCACGGUCACGGUCACGGUCACGGCCAUGGUUACAAUCUCCAUGGAUCGCAUCAUGAUCAAGCCCAUCAGCAGCACGAAACCUAUCGUGAAUUCAAUGUGGAACAGCAUAUCGCUAAUGCCGAAAACAAAACCAUAAUACCGGCCAACGAAUAUAUUCAGUCGGUGGCGCGUUGCUUGCAAAUGAUGUUACGUGUGGAUGAUUAUCGUUUCGCUUUCGUCAGCGUAGACGGCAUAAGUACAUUGGUCAGGAUCUUAUCUUCUCGCGUUAAUUUUCAGGUGCAAUAUCAAUUGGUCUUUUGCCUAUGGGUUUUAACCUUCAAUCCUUUGCUGGCCACAAAGAUGAACAAGUUUAGCGUCAUACCAAUUUUGGCUGACAUUCUCAACGAUUGCGCAAAAGAAAAGGUCACUCGCAUUAUUUUAGCCGUUUUUCGUAAUUUGAUCGAGAAACCUACCGAUCCUCAAGUAGCCAAAGAACACUGCAUUGCCAUGGUGCAAUGUAAGGUCCUUAAGCAGUUGUCGAUUUUAGAGCAACGUCGUUUCGAUGAUGAAGAUAUUUCCGCCGAUGUCGAAUAUCUUACUCAGAGGCUUCAAAAUUCCGUACAGGAUCUCAGUUCGUUCGAUGAAUAUGCUACCGAAUUGCGUAGCGCACGUUUAGAAUGGUCGCCAGUGCAUAAGUCUGCGAAAUUCUGGCGUGAAAAUGCUCAGCGUUUGAAUGAGAAAAACUACGAGUUGUUGCGUAUUUUGGUGCAUUUGUUGGAGACAUCGAAAGAUCCUAUUAUUUUGUCAGUAGCUUGUUUUGAUAUCGGUGAAUACGUACGCCAUUAUCCUAGAGGCAAACAUGUUCUGGAACAAUUAGGAGGUAAGCAAAUUGUUAUGCAACUCCUAGGUCACGAGGAUCCAAAUGUGCGUUAUGAAGCUUUAUUGGCCGUACAAAAAUUAAUGGUUCACAACUGGGAAUAUCUCGGUAAACAGCUGGAAAAAGAGAAUGAGAAUCAAAAACAAACUUCGGCUCCUAUCACUGGCAAAGCCUAAUUUUAGAAUAAUAUAAUCCGGUAUUAUUAUUAUAGUUAUAUGCUCAGCAUAUUUGUAUAUGUAUAUGUAUCACUGUUAAUCUUGCUUAAUUCACAAUAAAUAUUCUAAGCCUAA